AUGGGCAGCAUCCUCCAGCAGAAAGAGCGGAGAGGACCAGCAAACUUCCCCCGGAGGCUGUUCACCGAGGCAGGGUGGAAGGAGGCCGCCUGGAGCGAGCUCAAGCCGAGAGAGGAGGAGAGGGAGGAGCAGAGAGAGGAGCAGAGAGAGGAGGAGAGGGAGGAGCAGAGAGAGGAGGAGAGGAGGAGCAGAGAGAGGAGGAGAGGGGGAGCAGAGAGAGGAGCAGAGAGAGGAGGAGAGAGAGGAGGAGAGAGAGAGGAGGAGAGAGAGGAGCAGAGAGAGGAGGAGAGAGAGGAGGAGAGAGAGGAGGAGAGAGAGGAGGAGAGAGAGGAGCAGAGAGAGGAGGAGAGAGAGGAGAGAGAGGAGGAGAGAGAGGAGGAGAGAGAGGAGGAGAGAGAGGAGCAGAGGGAGAAGGAGGAGAGAGAGGAGGAGAGAGAGGAGCAGAGGGAAAAGGAGGAGAGAGAGGAGGAGAGAGAGGAGCAGAGGGAAAAGGAGGAGAGAGCGGACCAUAGAGCGGACCGUAGAGAGAACAGAACAGAACAGAGCUGUGUCCAUCUGCAGAAGACUAAACCCUCAGAAAACACUCAGGAGUCAGUGAAGGGGAAACACAGCAGAAUGUCCAGACAACGUUUUCAGAAACCGUCGAAACCUCCGCCUCCUGCUUCGGACCAGGCUCACCUGGGUCUGAGCCUAAGCCUGGGUCUGAGCCUCAGCCUGGGUCUGAGCCUCAGCCUGGGUCUGAGCCUCAGCCUGGGUCUGAGCCUCAGCCUGGGUCUGAGCCUCAGCCUGGGUCUGAGCCUCAGCCUGGGUCUGAGCCUCAGCCUGGGUCUGAGCCUCAGCCUGGGUCUGAGCCUAAGCCUGGGUCUGGGCCUCAGCCUGGGUCUGAGCCUAAGCCUGGGUCUGAGCCUCAGCCUGGGUCUGAGCCUCAGCCUGGGUCUGAGCCUCAGCCUGGGUCUGAGCCUCAGCCUGGGUCUGAGCCUCAGCCUGGGUCUGAGCCUCAGCCUGGGUCUGAGCCUCAGCCUGGGUCUGAGCCUAAGCCUGGGUCUGGGCCUAAGCCUGGGUCUGAGCCUCAGCCUGGGUCUGAGCCUAAGCCUGGGUCUGAGCCUCAGCCUGGGUCUGAGCCUCAGCCUGGGUCUGAGCCUCAGCCUGGGUCUGAGCCUCAGCCUGGGUCUGAGCCUCAGCCUGGGUCUGAGCCUAAGCCUGGGUCUGGGUCUGGAUCUUAAACACCCUCUCUCCCCGCGGAGCCCUCUCCUGCUCCGGCUGUUGUCAGCCAUAGCUCCCGCAGACCGAGGUGGCUGUUCCCGGAGCCCCCGGAGCUCCCCCUGCCCUGGGUCCAGCUACUCCGCACCAAAACACCAACAGAACCGUGAAUACGGAGCACACACCGAGGCUCUGCCUGCUCAGGCGGCCGUAGGAGCGACUGCAGGAGCGGGCUGCCCGGGCACAGACCCUCGCUCUCCCCGGGCAGAUGCGUGUUGUUCCCGGACCCAGCCCCAGCCUGGUCCGGCCUCAGAGUGGCCUCGGUCCGCAGGCAGAUUGAACGGUACAUUAGGAUGUGAGAUCCCGGUCAGACAGACCCUCCGCCUCCGGAGCGGCCUCACGGAGCCUCACGGAGCCUCACGGAGCCACAAAGCUGUCAAACCCGCGGCUCUCGCCAUUUUAGUUUGUGAAGCUCCACAAAAGCAGACACAGAGCGGCUCUUACCUGCCGUGGAACCAGUCCUUGCAGACAUCACAUUCUAUCAUGAACUGGGUCACGUCGUACGGUAAUCUGCAGAUGCAAUACACGGGAGCAGUCACGGGAGCAGUCGCCAUGUUCGAUCCAAGCUACAGCGGGAUGGACCGGGGGGGCUGCGGAGACACACGGUCCUGCAGACACACGGUCCUGCAGACACACGGUCCUGCAGACACUCAGCAGCAGCAGGGGCUGUCCCCGCGGACACAUCAGCUACAUGCACGGGGCUGCUCCGGUGCACGCUCUUUCCUCAGAUGCAUUAUUAUGAUUGUUACCGUGUGUUACCGUGUGCCCCCUACUGACGGACUGCACACGCUCCGCGCUCACAGCCUCCGGUCGUUACCGCGUACAUGCUACGGUACAGCUUUAUGUCUGCGGCCCUGA